AGGGUUUAUCAAUAAUUGCGCGAAAACGCGUGAAGCCCGCCGAAUACGGAAUAUUGAAGUUGUCGUUUGAAAUAUUGGGUCCAAGAGUCCAUCUCUGCUCAUUUUCAAGCCCAGUCAAUAUAUCUAUUUAUGGAGGGUUUGUUGGGAUCUGCCACUCUGAUAUAGGAGCUCAAGAAACAGAGCUAGCUGAUUAGUACCCACAUUUCACAUUUCCACUCAUUCUUUCCAAUUUUGUAGCUUAGAUAGCAACCAGAUAGUGUGAUUCAAGCAGGGUUUGGGGUUUAAGAAACAGAAAUGGGGAAAAUGGGGUUGAGGUGUUUGGUUUUUGCAGUAUUGGUUUUGUGGAGCUUCUUAUCUAUGGUGAAAGGGGAGGAUGAUUACAAGUAUUUCACUUGGACUGCCACUUAUGGAACUGUUUCUCCUCUUGGUGUUCCUCAACAGGUGAUUCUCAUCAAUGGUCAAUUUCCUGGUCCAAGAUUGGAUCUUGUGACAAAUGACAAUGUAAUCCUCAACCUCAUCAAUAAGUUGGACCAGCCACUUCUCUUAACAUGGAAUGGGAUCAAGCAGAGGAAGAACUCGUGGCAAGAUGGGGUUUUCGGGACUAAUUGCCCUAUCCCGCCAAACACAAACUACACAUACAAGUUUCAAACGAAAGAUCAGAUUGGAAGCUAUACAUACUUCCCGUCAACUUUCAUGCAAAAAGCCGCGGGAGGGUUUGGAGCGCUUAAUGUUUAUGCAAGAUCAGUCAUUCCAGUUCCCUAUCCGAAACCUGCUGGAGAUUUCAGUUUACUUAUUGGUGAUUGGUACAAGACUAGUCACAAGGCUUUACAACAAAUAUUGGAUUCGGGAAAAUCUUUGCCCUUCCCCGAUGGCCUUCUUAUAAAUGGCCAGAGCCAGUCUAGCUUCAGUGUGAAUCAAGGUAAUACCUACAUGUUCAGAAUUUCGAAUGUGGGUUUGUCAACAUCCAUUAACUUCAGAAUUCAAGGCCACAAAAUGAAGCUAGUUGAGGUUGAAGGAUCCCACGUUGUCCAGAAUAUGUAUGAUACGCUUGAUGUUCACGUGGGUCAAUCUGUAUCUGUUCUUGUCACUUUGGACCAGCCGCCAAAGGACUAUUUUAUCGUUGCAUCUACAAGGUUCACCGGAAAAGUUCUAAGCUCCACUUCAGUGUUACACUACAUUAACUCUAUCUCGCCUGUUUCUGGGCCAAUACCCGAUGCCCCAGCCGGCCAACUGGACUGGUCUAUGGUGCAAGCCAGAACAUUCAGGUGGAAUUUGACUGCAAAUGCUGCUAGGCCUAACCCUCAGGGAUCUUUCCACUAUGGGAAAAUUACUCCAUCGAUGACGAUUGUGCUGGCCAAUUCAGCACCGAUUAUCGGUGCAAAGCAGAGAUAUGCUGUCAAUAGAGUGUCCCAUAUUGAUCCCGACACCCCUCUCAAGCUUGCUGAUUACUUCAACAUCACCGGAGUCUUUAGUCUUAAUGCAAUUCAGAGCUCUCCUUCCGAUGGUGCACCUUCCCUAGCCACGGCUGUGCUCCCCACUUCUCUUCACCAGUUCAUCGAAAUUGUAUUCCAGAACGACGAGGACACCAUGCAGUCUUGGCACCUUGAUGGCUAUGAUUUCUGGGUUGUAGGAUUUGGCUUGGGGAAAUGGACCGGAGCUAGUAGACAGAACUACAAUCUUGUCGAUGCACUUACUAGGCACACUACACAGGUUUAUCCGAAAUCUUGGAGUGCUAUACUGGUAUCCUUAGACAACCAAGGAAUGUGGAAUUUGAGGUCUGCAAUAUGGGAAAGGAGGUACCUAGGACAGCAGCUGUAUAUGAGAGUGUACAAUCCAAUUAAGAAUUUUGCCAAUGAAUAUGACAUGCCUAAUAAUGCUCUACUAUGUGGAAGAGCUGUAGGUAGACAUCUUUAGAGAUGGUUUUUUUUUUGUGUUAGUUGGACCAGUCAUGAAAGGUUGACUGCAAGAGAUGAUGAUACCGAAAAGCAAAUGUUUUUGUGCUUGAAUUAUAUAUGCCUCUUAUUCAAAUUGUAUAUCUGAAAUCCUGAGUGUUGUUAAAACUAAUUGUUUUUUUUGUAGCAUCAUUAUAUUAUUGAUCCCCUUGAGAUUAUAUCU